AGAGCACAUUGAUCAUUGCGAAUCGUUCUCUCUGUUUUUCCUUUCUUCUAUAUUGCACAUUCACCAAUUGAUAAUUUUUUUUAAUCAAACAAAACAAUGCCCGCUGAUCACACGUCACCAGUUUCCGGUCAAACGGUGUGUGUCACCGGCGCCGGCGGGUUCAUAGCCUCUUGGCUUGUCAAACUUCUCCUUGAGAAAGGCUACACUGUGAGAGGAACCGUGCGAAACCCAGAUGAUCCCAAGAAUGUUCAUUUAAAAGAGUUGGAAGGAGCGAGGGAAAGGCUAACUCUGCAUAAAGUUGAUCUCUUUGAUAUUCAAUCUAUCAAAGCUGCUGUCAAUGGUUGCCACGGGGUUUUCCACACUGCUUCUCCGGUCACUGACAACCCUGAAGAGAUGGUGGAGCCAGCAGUGAAUGGAACAAAAAAUGUGAUCGUAGCAGCUGCAGAAGCAAAGGUGAGACGCGUGGUCUUCACUUCAUCAAUUGGCACAGUGUAUAUGGACCCCAACACGAGUAGAGAUGCGGUGGUUGAUGAGUCAUUCUGGAGUGAUUUGGAGUACUGCAAGAACACCAAGAAUUGGUAUUGCUAUGGGAAGACAGUGGCUGAACAAGCAGCAUGGGAUAUAGCAAAAGAGAAAGGGAUGGACUUGGUUGUGGUGAACCCAGUUUUGGUUCUUGGACCAUUAUUGCAAUCCACCAUUAAUGCUAGUACGAUUCACAUUCUCAAGUACCUUACUGGCUCAGCUAAGACUUAUGUAAACGCCACUCAGGCAUAUGUCCAUGUCAGGGAUGUGGCAUUAGCCCACAUUCUUGUUUUUGAGACACCUUCUGCUUCCGGUCGAUACAUAUGUGCAGAAACUUCGUUGCAUCGUGGUGAGCUAGUUGAAAUUCUAGCCAAGUUUUUCCCCGAAUACCCAAUUCCUACCAAGUGUUCAGAUGAAAAGAAUCCGAGAGUAAAACCUUACAUAUUUUCAAAUCAAAAGCUGAAAAAUUUGGGAUUGGAAUUCACCCCAGUGAAGCAAUGUCUAUAUGACACUGUUAAAAACCUUCAAGAGACUGGCCACCUUCCUUUGCCUCCAAAGCCAGAACACUCCUAUUGAACUUAAAUCCUAAUUAACUAGCUAGAUUGCCAUUGAUCAAGAACUUUAGU